AUGUCUGCCCUCUCCCUCAAUCCAGGCAAACAGCUACUAGCUCGAGUCCGGCACUUCCUCCCCCUCCUCGCUUCAUCCAAUGAAGAUCUCUUACAACGGGCAAAGGAGAACCCGAGUGCGGUAGAUAUCGAGAAUACAGCAGGACAGGAUAAGGUCAUUGAGAUGGACCUCGGCCUGGGCGUAUUCGAUGUGCAGGGCGCUGCGAAGGGAGAUAUGGGGCCCGAGCUGGACAUCCCGGAGGAUCAAGAGGGUGCUGAGGACGAAGACGAGGACGACGAGGAUGAGGACGAGGACGAAGAUAUGGAGGAGGGCUCGGAAACCGACUCGUCCAGCUCGGAUAGUGACUCAUCCCCAUCAACGGCCGACUCAACACCACAACCACCCAGAUGA